AAACUUUAGUAUAUUCCAAACUGUAAUGGUCUAAAUUUCAUUUGUGCCGUGUUUUUACUUACGAAUUUCUGUAAUAACGCUUUGUCGAGUUAUGAAAAUGUCAUAACGUUUUCUCGGAGCUAUGCUUGGAAAAAGCAGUCGGGAGUUAUGGACCAUCUUGCUGGGGAGAUCUGCUCUGCGGGAACCGUCCCAGAUCCAGGUGGAGUUAGAGCGAUAUGGAGAGCGGUUGUUGCAGGGCCUGGCGUACUACAAACCGCCCAGCUCUUCAUCAGCAGACAAGUUAAAAGCAGAUAAAGAUGUUCCUCAAUCUCUUAAAGAAUUCGGACUCCGCAUCAGCAAACUUCUGGGUCUGGAUGAGCAGCAGAGUGUACAGAUUCUACAGUGCUACCUGCAGGAAGACUACAGAGGAACUCGAAACUCACUGAAGACCGUGCUGCAAGACGAGAGACAGAGCCAGGCCUUACUGCUCAAGAUCGCAGAUUACUACUACGAAGAGAGAGUUUGUCUCUUGCGCUGUGUCCUCCUCCUCCUCACCUACUUCCAGGAUGAGAGACAUCCAUAUAGGGAGGAGUAUGCUACCUGUGUGAACAAGCUGGAGAAAGAUCUCGUGUCAAACUACCAACAGCAGUAUGAGGCUCUUUUCAAUGCAGAAGCUCCUACAUGGGAAACCCAUGGAAACCUCAUGACGGAGAGACAGGUGUCUCGGUGGUUCUCUCAGUGCCUGAGGGAGCAGGCAUUGCUAUUGGAGGUCCUGUUCCUUUACUAUGCCUACUUCGAGAUGCCUCCUAGUGACCUUUUGACCUUUACUCGGCUCUUUAAGGAGCAAGGUUUCGGACAGCGCCAAACAAACAGACAUCUCGUGGACAAGAGCAUGGAUGCAUUAGUGGACCGAAUCGGAUAUUUCAGCUGUCUGAUCCUCGUUGAGGGAAUGGACAUCGACUUCCUGCAUAAAUGUGCUCUGGAAGACCGAACGGAACAGCACCAACUCUGCAGCACACACGACAUCAACAAGGAGAUGGAUCAGAUGUUGCUGACGUUCGGCGAUAUCUCUCACCACGGCCCGGUUCUGCUGGCCUGGGUCCUUCUGAGACACACUCUGCAACCAGUUGAAGCCGGACCAAUCAUCAAACGACUCGGCCACACUACGCUGCAGCUCGGGGUGUUUCAGUAUCUCACGGACAUGUUGCAGGCCCUCGGCAGCACGGGGAAUAACUGCACUGCAAGUACUGCACGUAUGUGCAUCUACGGUCUCCUCUCAUUUGUGGUCACUUCGUUUGAAGAGGACACACUGGGCAGUCAGCAGCACUUAAUCAAUGUUGCCUGUGAAGUUCUCGCUGCCCCAAGUCUAGCCGAGCUCUUCUGGGAGUCUAAACCAAAUGUGGGUUUGGAGAUGAUAUUGGAUUCAGCAGUGGGUGUUUUCCCUUAUAAGAUUGGACCGUUAUUGCAGAUACUCACAGCACUGCUGGCUGAUAAAUCUACUGCCAAGAGGGUGUACAUGUUUCUGGAUAAAAUGUCCUUCUACACGGAGGUGUACAAACACAAACCCAGUGACGUGCUGUCCAGAGAGGACGAGACGCUGUGGAGGAGACAGGCACCUAAACUUCUCUAUCCUCUGGGUGCAGGUCAGACCAACUUGCGGAUGCCGCAGGGGUGUUAUGGUCAAGUUUCCGCGAGCGAGCACGGCUACAUGGUGCGCUGGGAUUAUUCUUAUUCUUCAUGGACCCUCUUCACCUGCGAGAUUGAGAUGCUGCUGCACGUUGUCUCUACUGCUGAUGUGUUGGCGCACUGCGAGCGAGUGAAGCCGAUUUUGGACUUGGUGCAUAAGAUCAUCAGCACUGACUGGACAGUGUCUGACUGCUUGCUCCCCCUCACUUCACGCAUCUACAUGCUGCUACAGAGGCUGACUUCUGUAAUAAACCCACCGGUGGACGUCAUCGCUUCGUGUGUCAACUGCCUCAUUGUUCUCGCCGCACGGCAACCUGGGAAGGUUUGGUCCAGUCUGCAGCACACUGGCUUCCUGCCCUUCGCAUCCACCCCUCUAACCAACAUGGCACAGACCAUCAGUGCUGAAGGCAUGAAGGCAGGUAACUACGGUAAUCUGCUGGUGCUGAUCGAGCAGCCGCGAGGAGAGUACGCAGUAACCAUUGCUUUUUUGAGACUAGUGACCACGCUCGUCAAGGGUCAGGUGGGCAGUACUCAGAGCAGAGGACUCAUUCCCUGCGUGCUUCUGGUCCUGAAGGAGAUGCUGCCUACCUACCACAAGUGGCGCUAUAACACACACGGUGUCCGGGAGAAGAUUGGUUGUUUGAUUCUGGAGUUGGUCCAUGCGAUCCUUAAUCUUAGUCCUGAGGGGGAGUCACAGGGCAGCACUCCCAGCCUGCAGUCUCUAUGUAUCUACAGUCUGGCGAACACUGAAGCAGGCCAGGCCGUGGUGAACAUCAUGGGCGUGGGAGUGGACACCAUCAAUACAGUGCUAGCAGCACAGCCCAGCAGCAGUGGGAGUUGUGAAGGUCCUGGUCAGGUUUUGAUUCAGACAGUGAAGUUGGCCUUCUCUGUCACCAACAAUGUCAUCCGACUCAAACCACAUUCAGACACCGUUUCUCCUCUGGAGCAGGCACUCACACAGCAUGGUGGCCAUGGCAACAACCUGAUAGCAGUUUUGGCCAAGUACAUUUACCACAAACACGAUCCCGCUCUGCCGAGACUCGCUGUUCAGCUGCUAAAGAGACUCGCCUCGGUGGCACCCAUGUCAGUGUAUGCUUGUUUAGGCAGUGAUGCAGCAGCCAUCAGGGAUGCAUUCCUUCGGCACAUGCAGAGCAAAACGGUGGACCUGCGCGUCAAGGUCACCAUCUUGGAGUUUCUCACUGUUGCCGUGGAAACACAGCCAGGUCUCAUUGAGCUCUUCCUCAACCUCGAAACCAAGGAGGGCAGCGAAGGGACAAAGGAGUUCUCUCUGGGUGAGUGGAGCUGUCUGUCUGUGGUUCUGGAGCUGCUGGACACAGAUGUGCAGAGCCAGUCAUGGUGUCCCCCACUGCUGCAGCGCGCGGCGCUCGCCUUCCUACACGCGCUGUGGCAGGACCGCAGAGAGAGCGCGCUGUCUGUACUGCGCAGCAGGAAGAGGUUCUGGGACAAUCUGACAGCACCGCUUUUCGGGACGCUUCCACCACCAUCAGAGACCACAGAGCCGUGUAUUUUGGAGUCUUGUGCCUUUGUAAUGAAGAUCAUAGGCCUGGAGAUCUACUAUGUUGUCAGCGGUCAGCUGGAGGACUCUCUGAAAGCUGCACUGCAGCGCCUCAGCUCCCAGCGCCGCUAUGAAUUUUGGUCUCAGUACGUCAGGGAGCUGGUGUGUGUGGCCUGUGAGGAUGAGGAGGGAGGAGUGAGGUCACUGCCCGAGACUCAGAUGCUCAUCUCAGCAUGGAGGACCCUACUCAUUCUCUCCACUAGCCAUUCUGAUGUAAUGCACCUUAAGGAAGACUCCGUUAGGCUGAAGCUCUUCAUGGAUGUCCUAGAAGGAACCAAAGCAACAUUACUGAUGCCCCAGUCUGUAGCAUGUCUGCGUUUGGGCUCCAUGAUGGCUACCUUGCUGCUCAUCAUCCUCAAACAAUGGAAAAGUGUGUUGGUAUCAGCUCCAGCUCUCCUUCCUCCUCUCUCUCUGAUGUUAGAGAGCGUACUUCAGGCUGAUCAGCAUCUGAUGGAGAGAACCAAAGCCAAGCUUUUCUCAGCUCUCAUAUCAGCUCUGCACAUUCAGGGCCUUAAUGGAGGAGAGAUUACCCAGCUGCCUCAGCUGUUGCUGUGUGUAUGUGAGACUGUCCAGGAUGAGGCUAUGGCUUUGAUUGACAGCACACGUCACAUGAUCCAAAAAGGUGACACUCAGGAGGACAGCAUGGAGACAGAUGCACCACGCAGCGUCCAGAAAGACCAGCGAGACUCUGUGUGUGUGUUAGCUCUGCACCUGUCUAAAGAGCUGUGCAGGGCUGAUGAGGAUGGUGAGCAGUGGCUGCAGGUGAUGAGGAAGCUGCCCGUCCUGCCCUCGGUUCUCAGUGCCCUUGAGCUCAGCCUGCGCUCCAAAAACAACCUGUACUUCACUGAGGCAGCUCUCCACUUGCUGCUCACAUUAGCUAGAACUUCACAGGGGGCAGCAGCAGUAGCAGGUGCUGGAGUGAUUCAGAGCAUCUGUCUCCCUCUUCUCAGUGUGUAUGAAGGUCCGGCUAAUGGAGCCACACAGGCGUUCUCUCGUAAGCCUGUAGACGCCCCCUCCUGGCCCGGUGUGUAUCGGCUCUGUCUGUCUCUGAUGGAGAGUCUGCUCAAGACACUGCGCUACAACUUCAUCAACAAGGCCCUCGACUUUGUUGGGGUUCACCAAGAGCGCAUCCUCCAGUGUCUGAGUGCAGUGCGUACAGUACAGUCUCUAGCAUGUUUGGAUGAAGCCGAUCACACAGUGGGUUUCCUGCUGCAGCUGUCCAGCUUCUGUAAAGAGUGGCACUUCCAUCUGCCACAGCUGCUCAGAGAUGUGCAGGUGAAUCUCUGUUACCUGUGUCAGACAUGUACAUAUCUUUUACACAGCAAGAAAAUGUUACACCACUACCUCCAGGCAAAAAAUGGGGAGGCUCUACCGCAGAGGCCCCGCCCACAGCAAGCUCUACAGCCCGCAUCUAAAGAGCAGCCGUCAGUCGGAGAGCGAGAAGAGGUGGAGUCUAAAGCUCUGCAGGCGGUGCAGUGCAGCCUUCUGAAGAUUCUCAGCAAAACUCUGGCGACGUUACAGCACUUUACACCAGACUGCUGCCAAAUCCUGUUAGACCAGUCUAUGGACCUUGCGGAGUACAGGACUCUGUUUGUGCUGAGUUUUACGACACCAGCCUUUGAUUCGGAUGUCGCGCCGUCAUUUGGGACUCUGCUGGCCACCAUCAAUGUGGCGCUGAGCAUGCUGGGAGAGAUAGAGAAAAAGAAGGAGCCAGUGGUGUCAUCUGAGGAAACGCAAGCAAUGAAGUCCUUGUUGAUGUUUUCGAUGGAGAACUGUUUCUACGUGCUGAUCUCACAAGCCAUGCGAUGUUUAAAAGAUCCGACUGUUCUGCCCCGAGACAAACAGAGAGUUAAACAGGAGCUCAGCUCUGAACUGAGCACACUGUUGUCGACGUUGUACAGGUUUUUUCGGCGAGGAUCACCUUCGUCCCCCGCCAGCGGACUUCUGCCUUCCCCCCAGACCAAACCCACCACUCCUGGGUCAAAGGUCACGCAAGAGGGCCAGGAGCCAUUCAUACAGCUUGUCCAGGCUUUCGUACGGCAUGUCCAACGCUAGACACACACGCUGAGUCGUCUUCAUUUGAAUUGUAGACCAUUUCAUUCAGUCUUAAGAAAGACCCACAUCCUCACUGUGACAUUACUCAGUUCCUAUGUUGGUUUUAACAUUCUUAUUUUUUUCUUGCCAAAGCAUAGCUUUACCAAGUUGCUAUCUAUCUCUGAACCACCCAGAUUAGAUAGCAGCUACAUUUGUAAUCAUUAAAGAUGCUUAUGUAAAGCUUUGGUUGAAUUAUUUAAGGUGCUCCAGUCAGCUUCAUAACUAAAAUGAUCCAACAUUGCAUCCAGAGGCCUAGUUUUAUAGGCUAGUUUUAUAUGACUGAUCUGAUUCAGUUUAACAAAUUAUAGUCGCUAGCACUUUAAUUUGUUAAAUGUGUAUGGUUUCUUAUUAGUCAGCUUGUGGGCCCACUGCUGUAACCAAUCAAAAUGUGUGUGGAGUCAAAUUAAUGACAUCAAGCCUGAGACAGUUCUCUCAAAAAUGCAGUGUCUAGCAAUAAAUCAAUGCUAAUGGGGACCAUUUAACCAGCGUUUACUCAGAUUUAAAACCAGGUCACAUUAUGCAUAAUGAUUUAUUAUUUGUAAUACACGCAGUGUUCUGAGAUAGGAUCAACCAGAUCUCAGACCAGGAUAAAGUGGUUACUGAAGAUGAAUGAACGAAUGAAUGAAUGAAUGAAUAUUAGCAUUUUCGACUGACGUCUCCCAUUUUGACAGACGUCUUUUUGUUAUAAAUAUUUCACGUAUCUAGGAACCUCCGUCUAAUUAUGUGUACCUUUUAUUAUUUCAUGGCUGGUAUAUUUUACUAUAAGUUGUUUACAUAUGUUUAAAUAUACUUGUGUUCACGAUUCUUCAUGCCUUUUUUGUAUAUUCCAGUGCUGUCUCAUUGGAAUGUUUGAACAAAAAAUGCAUUUUUGUCAUCGUAGUACGUUUAUACAAUAAUAAAGAAUUUAUAGGAUGUUAUAUACUUAUUGUCAAAAAUAUGAAUCUGCAUGUGUGUCACUUUGAGGUCAUCUUUAAGACUUUUCCUCAGGUGGUAUUAUUUUUUUAUUAUUAUUUAUUAUUUUUUUUCUUAUUCAGGCCUUUCCAUUGAUCAUCAUCAUAAUCUGGGAAUUGCUAUGGACAACCAAGAGAGCUGACAUUGCAAACCCAGUGAAUUGAUUAGGAAUUUAAUUCUAAUUCCUAAUCUCAAUUCAAAGCAAACUUGGAUGAGAAAGUCAGCAAGCACAGUGGGGAUUUGAUUAAUAAAACUACUGACUACAUUGGAGUCACUAUCUGCACAGCUCUUAGGGGUUACACUAGAUCUUACUCUUCAUAUCAUAGUCCAUGUGGUGAUCUUAUGCAUUGUCUAUGCUUCAAUUGAGGACCAGUCUUUAGCUUGAUUAAACAAAAUCAUGCCUCCUGGCCAUGUGUUUCUUUGAGAAUCUCCAGUUCAAGGCCAGUGCUGUUGUCACACAGCUAAUAUACAGAUAUGAAAACUCCUGACGACGUAUUAGUUCACUUUCUGUUUAAAACUACACCAUACGGCUUUCUCAUGUGUAAGCUGCUUGAACACACAUUUCCUAAUAAUAAAUAAAGUAGGUCUUUUCUGUCUAAUUUUGGAGAUAUCCAGAUGUCAACGCCCCUGAGAUCCCCUGUAAUUCGAACACUGAUUAAAAAGGAAGUGGGUAACACAGCAUUUUAAGCUUUUUCAUAGUCAGAUAAUCAAAAUUCUGAACACUAGCUGAACCUUGUACACUAGUAGAACCUUAUUAAUCUGUUAAAUACUGUUUGGUUUUUUUUUUUUUGAAGUUCCAUCUAGCAGUUUCUUAUUCCAGAUAGUACUUGUUCGUGAUUGAGACUAGAGCUAGACAUAAGUUUUAGUGUAAAACUUCAUGUAUAUUCAGUGACAUGUAAAUAACACAUUUACAAAAUUAAUAAUGUUUUUUUUUUUUUUUUGCCAGAAAGUCAGGUUGAACUUUGUGAUUUGUCAAUUUUGUCAAUACACAUACAAGAACAAUACAGAUGACAUAAGGCUAUGUAAUCAGUAAGUGUAAUAAAUGUAGUGUAUAAGUGUAAAAAUAAGUGUAUAAAGAAUAUAUAACAUUUCCACGA